UGGAAGAGUGAUCCACUAUAACGCGUCCAAGAUGGGGGUAUGUUGUAAAGCUUUCUGCAGAGAGCUGGAUAUUCGAAAUCUUGGCCUAAAGUUUCACGAUCCCAAAGCAUUCACAGAUUCCCCGGCCUUACCGUUGCCAGCCCUGAUUCUGUUCCGGGUGUUGGCUGGUGGUCUUUGGGUAAACAGUCUUGUGUUCAUAGCAAUACACCAUCCAACAUUUAAGGUCGUUCUUCACUUUGCCUAUUGGUCUCUUUUCUUUGUGGCUUUGUACUUCAUCUUUGGAGCACUUAUUUCAAUAUGGCGUCUUAUUUGUAAGACAACAAAGCGGGAUGAGUAUCACUUCGUUAAGCAGUCUGACAUUGGUGAAAGAGAUGACUUCAGUGAGCUUCCAAGGCUCAACCUACUAUCGUGGUAUCAUGAGGUAUUGUGGGUACUCCAUACUCUCGCCGCUGAUACAUCAUUUGUGGUGUUGGUCGCGUACUUCACAUUUUGGUUUAAUCAUCGCGUGACAUACGAAGGGUACAUGGAAAUGAUGCAGCAUAUUCUACCAUUCGUCUCCAUGGUGUUUGAUUUAGCAAUCAAUGGCUUUCCUGUUCGUCUGUAUCAUGUUCUUUAUGCCAAUGUGUUCGGCUUUAUGUACGUGGUGUUCAGCCUGAUCUACAUACUCCUCGAGGUGCCUGCUGAUUUGAAGGGGGAGCCGAUUGUGUUUCCGUCCCUUGAGUUCAGCAAUUUGCCAGUGAUGUACACGGCUUGGUUGUCUGUAUUUAUUGUCGUUGGUUUCUUCGUUUCUCAGACACUGUUUUACAUAAUGUAUAAAAUACGAACUUGUCUGACGUCUAAUGACGAAGAGGGAAAAAAAUGAUGUUCUCAAUUUGAUCAAAAUCAACAUUUCAACAAAUAUAACUCACAAUAGCGCUCUAAAUCUCGAUAAUGAUGAAAUGCAGGUGUCAAUACCACAUCUAUUGUCAUUUCUCUACUUGAAAUUGAAGAAUCAUUGUAUAAACUCACUUCCAUCAAAUAGAAGAAUUUCCUAAUUGCAGGUAAAACGCAGUAUAAUAGAAAGAAGAGUGAUGUUUGCUAAACGUAAACACAAUGCUACUUUCAAGAAUAUCGUUUAAACUAUAAGAAUAGACACUUUGCCCAAAUAGUUAAUAGACGUAAUCGGCUAACUCGUUGCUAUAAACGUUUCCACCCAAUUCAAUACACCCGGAACGGUAAGUUUCAUUGUUCGUUUUAUUUUCAUUUCAUUGAUGAAUUCUAAAAGAAAGAAAAGUUGCUUAUUCCACAGGAUUUGAAUUGGGUGGUAACGAACAUGGCAACGUGUUAGCCGAUUACGUCUAUGCUCUUUGGUAUUUUUUGAACCAAGAGUAGUGAGAAAACGAGCCUUCGCGAAGAUGACCAUUGUAUCUCUGCUGACCCUCCGUUUCUAUUGGGCUUGUUAUUAUUAUUCAAGCUGGUUGUAUAUAUCCUAAAAGCGAUCCAGUCUCAACCUCUUCGCUUAUUAACAGCCAUAUAUGGUAAACUACCUUGGUAAACUACCUUAUUUGGAAGUAUACGAGUAGAAUCUGUUUAGACAAUCUUCUCAAUUAUCGUCAGAAACUUGCAGAUAUUUUCGCGAAAUCGAUUUUCAAUAAUCAGCCAUCUUGGUUGCUUCCAUAUAUGGCAUAUAAUAAAGGAAGGUAGUAAAGGAAGCUCAAAACUUAAAAACGCACAUGUUUUUGCACGAAAGACAGGAAUUCAUUGAUAUGACAGUGAAAUUAGGAUAGAUAUGAAGUUGAAUUUUUGUACAUUACAAUAAACACAAAUGCUAAAAUUUAGAGUUUGAUUAAUGCAAAGCGUUUUUUAUGUUUAAUCUUUUUAUUGCAUGUUGGGUAAAGGAGGUUCAAUAAAUCAUAUAGCGCAAUACUGCC